AUGAGAGCGGCCUGCCGCUGCUGUCUCAUCGCCAUGGCCGCUCACGUCGUCCUAUCCCUCACUCCAGACGCGGCGCCCACGCCCGGUGCCGCUGGCAGUGGGCGGCGGCCGGGCCAGCACACGGUGGCGCCGCUGCUCCUGGCGCACAUCUUCGACACACACUCGCCCGCCAACAAGCACCACCACCACGACCACCGCUGGGGACCGCACUUCGAGGACGACGGCCUCAACGUCACCAACGUCACCGUCCAGGUCGGCGACACCGCCGUCCUCAACUGCAAGAUCAGCCUCUUGCAGGACAAAGUGGUGUCGUGGGUGUUCCGGCAGGACGGCUCUGAGGACAUGCAGCUGCUGACGGUGGGCCACGCGACGUACAGCGCCGACCAGCGCUACGUGGUCGACUUCCAGUACCCCAACAACUGGCGCCUGCUGGUGCAGCGCGCCGCCAUCCGCGACCAGGGCCUGUACGAGUGCCAGGUGUCGACGCACCCGCCGCGCGCCGCGCAGUCCUACCUCCUGGUCCAGACUCCGGAGGUUAUGAUAGUCGACGAGCAAGGCCAUCAAGUCCACGACAAGUUCUAUGAGGCGGAGAGCACGAUACAGCUGUCAUGCCUCGUGAGGCAUGUUUCCAUGACGUCAUCAGUCGUCACGUGGCUUCAUGGUGACCGCGUCCUAAACUACGACACGACGAGAGGCGGGAUAAGCGUGCGCACGGACCUGACCAGUGAAGGCGCCAACAGUUCGCUGUCUGUGGCUCGCGUCGACAAGGCGGACAGCGGCAACUACACCUGCUCCAUCUCCACCACCGAGUUCGCUACCGUCGCGGUGCACAUCCUCAACGGAGAAAGCCUAGCAGAGCUGCACCUGAGCCACUGUGUGCCGACACCGCCCGCCACCUCCGCCCCGCUGCUGCUGGUGGUAGCACUGGCCACGCUGUUGGCAGCCCUGCGCGCCGCCAGGUGAGGCCACAACUGCUGGUCUUGUUGCGGACACAUAUCACCCGAGUGCCUCAGUCGCCAGCAGCUCUGCGGCCACCGACGACGUCUGCGUCGGACCCCACGAGAGUAGCUGACCACGGAGAACGCUGUGCAUGCAGUGGUGCGCGACCUCGCCAGGCGUCCAGCGCGCGACCUGUACUGUACCUACAGCCGGCUGUACACUCCGCUUGGAAUCUGGUGCUACUCUCGAAACAGAGUCCCAUUUGACUUCCUUUCUGGAAGCAAUGCUGCGAAAGACACCAAACGAAAGUGUUCAGUUUGUGACUUCCUAUCAAUGACAGAAUUUAUUUAUUAUAUUUUAAGAGAAUCGCGUACUUCUAGAAGUGUAAAUGUGUUCGUCCAGGCGUUCAUACCCGUUUUCUAACGCCCAGAGAUUGGUAAAGGACACUGAAUUCUAAAAACUAUCGUUGUUCGUACGAGAAUGUGUUUUCAGUUCGGACUAAAACUUUAUUUCCCGUGUUGAUGAUUCGAGAUUGAUUUAUUGUGGUUGUCUUGGAGAUAUAAAAAUUUUAAUCCAGAAUAUUUUUUUCUGGUGAGCUUUCUAGAGAAGAAAUAUACUGUCUAAUAAUGGAUAAAAAACGAAAAAUAUAUAUAUACAGCGUUUUAAAGGUCUACAGGUUUUUACACAAGACCAAGUUCUCGAUAUUCUAAUUUCAUUCCAUGUAUUACUACUGUCGGUGCAACAUAUUUGAAAAUGUCGUAUCAUUGAGGAUAUGAACAACUGUUUGUAUGAAUUGAUUUCUUGGUGAAUUUUUUGAUAAGA